UGCCACCAGAGGUGACAGUGUACCCAGAGAGAACCCCACUCCUGCAGCAGCCCAAUCUGCUGCUCUGCUUGGUGACAGGCUUCUACCCAGGGGACAUCAAGAUCAGGUGGUUCCGGAAUGGACAGGAGGAGAGAGCUAGGGUUGUGUCCAGUGGCCUCACCAGGAAUGGAGACUGGACCUUUCAGGCUCUGGAGAUGCUGGAGAUGACUCCUAACCUUGGGGAUGUCUACUGCUGCCGUGUGGAGCAUCCCAGCCUGCGGAGCCCCAUUUCUGUGGAGUGGAUGCCGUUCCUGGAACAAGUCAGACACGAAUGUCACUUCCUCAACGGGACGCAGCGGGUGCGCUACGUGCUGAGAUACUUCUACAACGGGGAGGAGUACGCGCGCUUCGACAGCGAGGUCGGGGAGUACCGCGCGGUGACCGAGCUGGGGCGGCCCGACGCCGAGUACUGGAACAGCCAGCAAGACAAGCUGGAGUACAGGCGGGGGAUGGUGGACACCUACUGCAGACACAACUACGGGGUCGUGGACGGCUUCACGGUGCAGCGCCAAGUUAAACCUAUGGUGACCGUGUACCCCACAAAGACUGAACCCCUGCAGCACCACAACCUCCUGGUGUGCGCUGUGCAUGGAUUCUACCCAGGCAACAUUGAAGUCAGAUGGCUCCGCAAUGGCCACGAGGAGAAGGCUGGGGUGGUGUCCACAGGCCAGGUCUACAAUGGAGACUGGACCUUCCAGAUCAUGGUGAUGCUGGAGAUGACCCCCCAACAGGGGGACGUCUACACCUGCCACGUGGAGCACCCCAGCCUGGACGGUCCUGUCACCGUGGAGUGGAGUGAGUGAGCAUGUUGGUGACUGUAUAAAGUCCUC